AUGAGUCAACUGCAAAUAAUGAAUGCAGUGACAAUGAUAACAACAAUAGUGAUAUUCAAGACAGUGAUCCACUUACCAACAAUGAGCUCAGUGAUAACAGGAGAUACUUUCUCCUUCAACUUAUUUCAUGAUCUGUUCAGUAGUAUGGCUGAUAUGACAAACCUAUAUGCCUUGCAGAGAGGAACAAUUAGAAAUUUCAAACAAAUGACACCAGCGGAACUACAAAUCUUGUUUGGGCUCCAUAUACUUAUGAGAACUCUAACAUUUCCUAGAGUCCGAAUCUAUUGGGACACAACAUUGAAAAUGCAGUUAUUCUUGGACAGUAUGCCCAGAAAUAGAUUCUUCCAACUCAGAACAAAUUUACAUCUUGUUGACAGCAUGGCUAUACCAGCAAACAAUAAAUACAAGUUCUAUAAAGUUCGGCUUAUAUAUACUGCCGUCUGUAACAGACAUCUGAAGUUAUCUGUGGAGGAAGAGCUCGCUGUUGAUGAGACAAUGAUCCCACUCGCAAGGAAGCUGUCAGUAAAAAAGUAUGUGAAGGGAAAUCCUUCUCCGUGGGGUAUCAAAAUGUACAUGUUAUGUGGUAAGACUGGAGAAGCCUAUGAUUUUAUCCUUUAUCAGGGAACAUCGACUGAAUUUCAGAUAUAUUUGUUGAAGGAAUUUGGCCAAGAUUCAACAGUAGUUUUACAAUUAGCCCAGAGAAUAAAAAACCAAAUGGGGCACAAUAUAUAUUUUGACAAUUUCUUUUUUUCAUACAAGCUUUUCUAA